UAAAUUAUUUACUAAAUCUUUAAUUCGAAUGCGGUAUCAAUAUGCCAUCAACUGAAAUUCGUCGAAAUAACAACCACUUAUGUGGCUUAGCCAGUUGGCAUCCACUAUGGAUGCAAAAAUAUGCAACAACAAAAAUGUUCAUGGCAGUUUAUGGAUUACUGGGAACCAUUCAGGCGAUGUCGUAUAUGUAUUUCAUAGUAACAUUAACAACGAUUGAGAAACGCUUUAAAAUACCAAGUCAAACAACAGGAGUUAUUUUAAGUGGCAAUGAAAUAUCACAGAUUUUACUGUCUCUUAUAUUAUCAUACAUUGGUGGACAACGUAAUCGACCACGAUGGAUUGCUUGGGGUAUUGUUUUCUGUGGCCUUUCCUGCUAUAUAUUAGCUUUGCCGCAUUUCAUUUAUGGUGCUGGUGAAGAUGCAUUGCAACUAACAAAGGAGUACUAUGAAAGCAUGGAACUUGGUGGAAAUGUGACAAACACAAUCUCAUUGGUUAAUUUUACAAUCAAAGACCCACAACACUUAUGUGGUUCCAUCAUGUCUUCAAAUGAAUGCGAUACUCUUCUAACAAUCGUUCCAUUGAUAUUAAUAUUCCUCUCUCAGUUUGUGCUUGGUAUAGGAAAUACUCUUUAUUAUUCACUUGGGCAAACUUAUCUCGACGAUAAUACAAAGAAGACUAAUACUCCACUUAUGUUGGCAGUAGCGAUGUCCCUGCGAAUGAUUGGUCCAAUAGUGGGCUUUUUCCUAGGUUAUAUUUCUCUUAACAUGUUCAUUGACCCGACAAAAACUCCGCUUAUCGAUAAUACGGAUCAACGCUGGCUGGGUGCCUGGUGGUUCGGUUGGAUGUUUUUAGGCACUUUAAUGAUACUUUUUUCUGGACUAAUUGGUUUAUUUCCUAAAGAAUUACCAAAACGUAGAAGUGCGCAUUAUAACUCCCACUUACCACAAGUUUUGCGACAUGAAGAACUACAAGUUGAUGAGGGGUUACCUUUAGGUAGUGGGUUCUCCUCAAAUGCCGCAUUGGACACACCAACAGCGGCUACAUCUGAUUUUCCUACUCUCAAGGAUUUUCCCAAGGCAUUAAUGCGACUUCUGCGUAAUAAAUUGCUCAUCUUUAAUAUAAUUUCUGGUAUUUUCUAUGUUUUGGGCGCUGCCGGUUACAUGACUUUUCUAACUAAAUACAUGGAAGUGCAAUUUCAUAAGAACGCACAAGGUGCUACAAUUGUCGUGGGCCCAGUAUCUAUUAUUGGUAUGGUUAUUGGAUUAAUCGGUUCUGGUUUAGUAAUCUCAAAAAACAAGCCAAAACCGAGUAAGGUGCUCAUGUGGAAUGUUAUCGUAGGUUGUAUAUAUAUUGUGGGACAAAUCUCUUACAUGUUUAUGUAUUGUGGCGAUUCCCUAUCUGUACUCAAGGAUGGACAAGUCAAUCUUUCCUCUUCUUGCAAUGCAAAUUGCUCAUGUGAAGGUGUGCCUUAUUCACCCAUAUGUCAUGAACCUUCAGAUACAACUUACUUUUCACCAUGUCAUGCUGGUUGCUUAAACUGGAAUUCAGAAGAAAAGUUUUACUCUAACUGCUCUUGCCUACCUAUUGCGGAUACACAUUUGCCAAAUAUCGAACUACCUACUUCACCACACUCAUUAAGCGAUUUUUCCACUACAAUGCAAAAGCAAUUACCACAUAUAUUGAAUGUACUCCCUAUCAGUACGGAUGGAUCUGUAAUAACAUCGUACCCUUCCGUAACUACUACAAAAUCAUUAAGUCACAUGUCAUCAACGACAACAACAACCACAACUACUACAACUCCUUCUACUACUACAACUACUACAUCAUCUACUGUAGAAUCUCUUAGCAGUAUAUUUGACGAACUGACAACAGAACCGUUUAUUUCACGUACUAGACGCAGUUUAGAAGAAAUGUCAGACAACCUUAAGCCCGGUGUCUGUCUUAAAGAUCCUAUAGAUUUGGUAAUUUUUUAA